GGCACGUCGGUGGAAGUCUUGUUAGCUUAAAUCAUUUGGUGUCAUUUGUGGUGUGACGAUCCCAGAGUGUGGCUGUUUUACUCCUCACCUCUCUUACCUACCGUACAUUCAAGACAACCUACCUACCUUACUAAACUUAGCUACCUAGGUACCCUUGCUACCUACCUACUUGCCUUGUUAGCCUUGGUAUGUAGGCCUGCUUCCCCGCAUACCUACAUCAACUAACGUGCUUUGGGAGUGAACCACACCUCAGUGCAGUAGCAGAAGGUCACUGUGUAAAUAAUUCUAGGGUGUUUAAAUACUUCUUCUCCCCUCCACCCUCUCCAUAUUCUCCCCCCUAUCACUUCUUCGACACCACACACAACUUUGUCUCAACGGCGACGGGCACUUCUUUUCUUUCCAUCGACUACAAUCUUGAGCCGAGCUCAGCUCUACAGCCCUUCACCAUGGCAAACUGGCAACAGUACAAUCCCUUUGGUAAGAGGGAAUCCCACUCUAAUAGUGCGAUCCUCACCUACAAGAUUCUUACUCUCGUCACCUGGAUCUUGUCCCUCGUCGUUACUGUCUAUUACACUCUCAACCGUCCCGAUGAUGGGCACACGAGAAAUAGAAAGAUCUGGGAGCAGAACCACAUGUAUCGCACUGCCUUUACGCUGAACCCAAUCAUCACCUCCAUCUACUGGAUCGUUCUCUUCAUUCUCCAGGCUGGUUACAUUGGUCACCUAUUCUCGAGCAACUCGGACAUUGUUCACGCUGCCGCCAGCGUUGGAAGCCAUUUCAUCUUCAACAACCUCUUCCACUUCGCUUUUGUCAUGCUGUUUGUCCGCUCUCACUUCCACUGGGCUGAGGUCAUUCUCGUUCUCAACUUCAUCAACCUGUCCUCGCUCUACUUCCGCCACAACACAUAUCCCCGAUUCAUUCAUACGCCUGUGGUGUCUGGACCUUUGGCCUGGACGUUUGUCGCCAUUUACUGGAAUGGUGCUCUCAUGGUUCCCCACCCCGACCACCUUGUUGCUCGCAUCUUUGGGAACAUUUUUAUCUGGUCCAUUCUUGUCUAUGGACUCUUCUUUAUCACCAUCUACAAGGACUACACUAUGGGCUUCUCACUGAGCGUCUUUGCUGCUGCAAUUGGAGUUUCUCAGUUCCUCCACCAAGUGAUUGCCUUCCAGUGGAUCUUUGCCUUUGUCAUAAUGGCUCUGCUUUUCGUCGCCACGGUCGUUGUCGCUGUUCCUGCUGCGACUGGCCGGGAGAUCAACUGGCGCAGUGCUCCUGCUGAUCAGGAGCGUGCCCCUCUCCUCGCAGAGAAUUAAAACUACCUUCAGGUACCAAGCCAUAGAGGGAAACACUACCGGGGGAGCGGCAGCGCUUUUCUCUGCUCGUCCAACUUCGCACUAUUCCCCAAACAUCGCGGCGCUAUUUCUGCAACUCACGUCGCCUGCGAUCAUUGUUUGUAUUUCUUGAGCCGGUCUGCUGCGUGCAUGAUUCAAUAAGCCGUGUCGAAUGUGGAGUAACGAAAGAAAUAAUAUGACGUUGAGGAUUUAUUUAGAGUCGUCAAACACAUGCAUAUUUGUUACAGGCUACCCAUAUGCCCAAACUUAGGUAGCCUCAGGGAGCAAGAAAGCAUCAGACCUUGACAGAAGCUGUUAGAAUAAACUAAGCAAAGAGUCCCCUAAGCUUAGCCUAGAGUUACCUAAAUAUUUUCAUCACUUAGAGUCAAGGUCUCGGGUUUUCUUUGCUCUCUAGGGUAGUAAUUGGAGCUUCUUCUGAUACAACACGAAACAUAGUUGCCAGGCUUUUGAUAGAUUUAUGCCAAUGAUGGACAUGAUGCUUAAAGCAAAAUGCUCACUGACGUAGUGGUGGAGCUUAAUCGAUAAGUUGCCGACGCUAGCGGCUCAUUACCAAAACUUUACUUUUAGGUACCUACUUAGGUACGCCAGCGACCACCAACCAUCAACACCUGGGUUAGUAGGUAUGAAGCCUUUGCGACCUUUUCCUUUCCCUUUGAACAUUGGGACCGACAUUUGCCAAAUAUCCCGUAUCUACCAUAUACUGUCAGGCCCGCGGGCUCUACGCUUCGUAAACAGAGUUUUGGCCCCUAAAGAGCUAGCAAAGAAAGAUGCACGAUUAAAUGUACUCGACCAGGCGGCAGCGCGCAGGGUUCUAUCACGACGUGCCACAAGCAAAGCAAGUGAGAGAUUCCAGCCACAUGAACAUAUCGCGUCAAAGGAUCCUGAGCUGUGGAAAUGUGCUGCUUUCAUAGCAGGAAGGUGCGGGGAUUCUCUUGCCCAUCGUUGGUAAUCACUGACUUGAAUGGUGUUUAGAUUCGCUGUGAAGGAGGCUGCCAUUAAAGCACACCCACACCGUCAUUUGACGUUUCACGAUAUCAUGAUUGAGCGACGGCUUGUGAAGGGCGAGGUAUUGGGCAGUGGCCCGCCAAUUGCGCGUAUACGGGGCGGCGAAGGAGAAGCAGAAGAUACCACUGCAAUGGUGUCUAUAAGCCAUGAUGGAGAUUAUGCAACAGCUGUGUGUUUGGGUUCUGAACCAUGUGAUGAGAAUAAAAGACACAAAGGCUCAUGUAUAUAGUACUAUAUAUGUAUAAGUUAUACAAAUUCCAUUAAUCUACC